AUGUCGCUCUCCGGAGACCGGUCGAACUCCACCUUCGGUGAGAACUUGUCCUCCGGCGAUUUAAUCCCCUGGGACAGAAUGCGGUCGCCAGCGCUCAUCAACUUGUUUUUCUUCAUCACCGCCCUCACCUUCCUGCUGGGCGUCCCCGGAAACGGCUCGGUCAUCUGGGUGACGGGCUUCAAGGUGAAGAGGAGCGUCCACACGGUGUGUUUCCUGAACCUGGCUGUGGUGGACCUGAGCUACUGCCUCAUCCUGCCCUUCCCGGUGGCCUCCGCGUACUUUCUAAGAUCCUUGACCCAAAAUAAACUGUUUGGUAUGUUCCGCAGCUGCACCAUCAAUUUCAACAUGUCCGCCAGCACCUUUCUGUUGACCUUGAUCAGCAUCUCUCGCUGCCUGGCCGUCGCUCGGCCCAUCUGGUCCCGCCAAUAUCUGCGCCUGUCUUGGGUGUGUGCGGCCUGCUUCGUGGCCUGGGUCCUGGCCUUCUUCACCUGUCUGCCCCACAUUCUGAAUGUCCCGUCUCGCAGGUACAAGACCUGGGCUGCGGUACAGAUAAUUUGGACCAUCGUCACCUUCUGCCUCCCCGUUGUGAUCAUGGCCGCCUGCUACCUCUUGAUUGGCCGGGAGCUGCGCGGGGUCCAGUCCGCCAUGUCCAGGAAGCCGGUCCGCCUCAUGGUGACAGUGGUGGCGGUCUUCAUCGUCUGCUGGCUCCCUUUCAAUGUUUGCCUCCUUCUCCAGGUCUUCUCCCAACUCGAUACCUUGGGCUGGGUGGAGGUCACCUUCGGCCUGGCUUCCUUCAACAGCGCCCUCAACCCCCUUCUCUACGUCUUUGCCGGCCGCGAUUUUCGCCAGGUCUUCGGGCGUUCCCUGGCCGCCUCGCUCCACCUGGCCUUCGCAGAGGAGGGCUCAGAGUUGGGGAGAUUCCCUCCCGACUCCACAGUCUCUACAGAGACGAGGGUCUGA